AACGAAACACGCUUUCAAACCACGUCUCUUCUCUCUCUAGAAAACUCCAUCUCUCUCCCUCUCUCUCUUAAAUCUCACUCCACCACUUCACCUCUCUCUCUCAUCUUAAAUUUUACAUCUUUACGCAUCUCUCCCACCAAAGUCUCAAUCUUUACCAAACCGAUGUCGUUCGAAGAAGACGACGACUCAUUCGAGCACACUCUCCUCGUAGUCCGCGAAGUCUCCGUCUUCAAAAUCCCCCCUCGCUCCACCUCCGGCGGUUACAAGUGCGGCGAGUGGCUCCAGUCCGACAAGAUCUGGUCCGGGCGCCUCCGCGUUGUCUCCUGCAAAGACCGCUGCGAGAUCCGACUCGAGGAUCCUAAUUCCUCCGAUCUUUUCGCCGCCUGUUUUAUCGCGCCAGGUCAGCGAGAGAAUGCUGUCGAAUCGGUGCUUGAUUCGUCCAGGUACUUCGUGUUGAAGAUUGAGGAUGGGACUGGGAAGCACGCGUUUAUCGGGUUAGGGUUUGCGGAGCGAAAUGAGGCGUUUGAUUUUAAUGUGGCGUUAUCGGAUCACGAUAAGUAUGUCAAGAGAGAGGGGGAGAAGGAGGUUGGAGAGAGUAGCAGCGAUAAUCAUAUCGAUAUUCACCCAGCGGUUAAUCAGAGAUUGAAGGAGGGUGAAACCAUCAGGAUAAACGUGAAGAACAAACCAUCCAGUGGAACUGGCAUGCUUUCAGCUGCAGGUUUGUCCGGUGGAGUUUCUGCAGCUGGAAAACCAAAAUUGCUUGCUCUUGUUCCUCCACCAAAUGCUGCAGGAAAACUUAGAACUCCAUUACCACCCCCACCAAAUGAUCCUGCUGCUGUUCGUAUGACUUCUUCGAGUCCUGAUGGUGCACUUAAAGGGCCCAAAGAAGCUAGUAGGCGUUCUGCUGAUACCUUCGCGGAUCUAUCUCAACUUGAGAGAAAUCUGCCGUCCACAACUGGAUCAUCAACUAAAAGCACUGGGGCUGGAUGGGCAGCAUUUUGAUCCUGCAAGCGCUGAGAAUUGAGAUCUUUGUCCGACAUUGUCUUAGGCAAUUACUCCAUUUUUGGAAAAUAAUUGUAACUUGUGAACAUGUUCCAUCACAUCUUUUUUUUCUUUCUUUUACAAUGUUUUUAAAUUGUGCAAUAUAUACAAGAAGAUAGUCACCCCUUUUCCCGAAUCUAUGUUAUAAUGGAUUCUUAAAAUCUCAUCCGUUGAUCACACAAGUUAUUAUGAUAGUUUAGUGCUUCUUGUUGUUAUCAUAUCUAUGAUCAUAAUGUAAAGCUGGUGACUCCAGACAUAUAGUUUGGUGUCAUAUUGUAAACCUUGUGUUUCUUGAAUGGAGAUGGGUUACCCGUGUGUUCCGAUGAUAA